UUCAGCGUUGAAAGACGACAGCCGUUUGUUGAUUUUGCCCGCAUUGCCUCUGAUGGUGCAACAUAGAUCAAGUUAGUUGAUAAAGGGUUUUAAAAAGUUUUACCAUCUAUCUCUGGCCAKGACGCAGUAUCCGAGGACUCCCCGAACGCAGCCGACAUCAUUCGAGCGGUUCUUGUUGUUACUCGUCAUUUUACUCGUCAYAGAUCCAUAUUUAUUAACUUUAUGUGCACUUAUGUGUAUAGAUCGUUGAUUUUCAAGUGGGUUUUCGAUAUAUUAAUCUUUUCUCCCAACUUUGAUGUAAACUUGUGACGGUAUCAGAACGGUCUGAACUUCUACAGUCGCGCUUGGYCAUAAUUAUGGAUUCACUAGCAUCAAAUUUGCCAAGACACUACAGACGUAGAAACUUUGAGAUUUUAGCUAUCUCUCUGUGGACAUUGCUAGAUUUUGUCGUCUCUACAAUAUUUGCUCUUCACUGGAAUGACGUGUCUUGGAUGAGCAAAUCAAUUUACGAGUAUGAAUUUUGCACAUCUUCUUUCGAUUUAUGGAUAUUUUCCUUAAUUCGCUUUGGUAUUGUGUUUGGAGCGCUUGUCGGCAUUCUCCGGAAUAAAAAGGAAGCUAUACCCCGAAUCAAGUCCACGACGAAAGCCAUUUUUUAUUUCCAAGGUGCUCUAGUUAUUGUAAUGAUUAUCAAAAUUCUGAUCAGCACUGAAUGUAGUCUUAGCAGCACGCAGAAGGUUUGGCUUUGGGGAUUUGCCGGUUGGAGUUUUCUGUGUUCGUGCGUAGUUGUUGCAUCUUGGUAUGGUAUGUCCAAAAUGAGAUUCCCAUCCCUUUUUUCGACGGAAGAAGAAAUUGGAGAUGUGUUAGAGAGGGAGGGAUUGCUUGAAGAAGAUGGGACAUCUGAUGAUGAAAGUCAUGAAAACAAAAAAGACAGCAAGACAAAGGUGUCAUUUUGGAAGAUUCUUGCUUUCUCCAAACCUGACAUUGUUUAUUUGAUGAUAGCAUUUUUCUUCCUUCUGGCRGCAUGUGCUGCUCAGAUUUUCCUUCCRUAUUAUACUGGUAGAGUUAUCGAUGGCAUUGCUAUCAAGAAAGACCGCAAGAUGUUUGAACAAGCUAUACUAAUUAUGUCAAUGAUUGCAUUACUAGAGGCUAUCUGUGCUGGCCUGAGAGGUGGAAUUUUCUCGUUUGUCUGUGCAAGGUUUAACAUUAGGGUCAAUAACACUCUUUUUGAGUCCAUUGUAAAUCAGGAAAUUGGUUUCUUUGACAAGACAAACACAGGCGAAAUAGUAUCAAGAAUAACUUCAGAUACGACAAAGAUCAGUGACCAGAUAACAUUGAAUGUGAAUGUGUUUCUGCGCAGUAUCGUCAAGGCAAUAGGGGUCUGCGUGUUCAUGUUUAAACUGUCAUGGAAACUGACAGUAAUAACACUAAUAUGUCUGCCGCUGAUUGCAAUAGUAUCCGAUAUCUACGGUGAAUACUACCGCAAACUCUCYACAGCUGUCCAAGACUCUGUAGCCAAGUCCAAUGAAGUUGUAGCUGAAGUAGUGUCCUCAAUGAAGACCGUCAGAAGCUUUGCCAAUGAAGAUGGUGAAGUAAAUCGUUACAAGAAAAUGAAUAAUGCAGUGUUCAGGCUGAAAGUCAAAGAAGCUAUCUGCUAUGGUGGAUACAGUUGGUGCACAGAGAUCCUURUGCUGGCGAUGGARGUGGUGAUUCUAUACUAUGGUGGCCAUUUAGUUCUCAGAGGUGAUCUUACAGGAGGAAAUCUUGUCUCUUUCAUUCUAUACCAGCUGGAGCUUUCAUUCUGUCUGGAGGAAGUUGGAGAUGUCUACACUGGAUUCAUGGAGGCUCUGGGAGCAGCGCAAAAAGUAUUCAAGUUAAUUGCCAGAAAACCUAAAAUUUUGAACAACGGUGAAGUURUACCUCAAAACCCUAUUGGAAAGGUCGAGUUCAAAGAUGUGUCAUUUUCAUACCCAACAAGACCAAAUGUUCCAGUAUUGAAUGGCGURUCAUUUGAGGUAGAGCCAGGUCAAGUUGUUGCAUUUGUUGGAUCUAGUGGUGGAGGAAAGAGCACAGUCAUAAAUUUGCUGCAGCAUUUUUAUGAGCCACAAGGAGGGGAGGUGACGAUUGACGCAGUUCCUGUGAAAGAUCUUGAUCACAAGUACCUUCACCAAACCCAGUCACUUGUUGGACAGGAGCCGGUAUUAUUCUCACGAUCAAUCAAAGGWAAUAUUGCUUAUGGUAUAGAUGAGGUCAUGGAGGACACUGCAAUGAUAGAACACGUAGCAAAGCUUGCUAAUGCACACACGUUUAUCAGAGAAAUGCCCAARGGAUAYGACACAGAAACUGGAGAAAAAGGUCUSCAGCUAUCUGGUGGACAGAAGCAACGRAUAGCYAUUGCAAGGUCWUUGAUAAGAAAACCUUGUAUWCUUCUCCUUGAUGAAGCAACUAGUGCUUUAGAUGCAGAAAGUGAGCAUCUUGUACAAGAAGCCAUCUACAACAAUCUAAAAGGYCAYACUGUUCUUAUCAUUGCACAUCGAUUGAGCACAAUUGAAAAGGCCGACAAGAUUAUUGUAAUUGAUAAAGGAGAGGUUGUAGAGCAAGGAAACCACGAGGAACUGAUGCAAAAAGAUGGAUUUUACACUAAACUUGUGCAAAGGCAGAUUGUUGGAAUGGACAGUAAAAGUUCAUCACAAGAUGAAGAACCAACUACAGUAAGGCAAAGAAGUAGGUUGACUUCUGAUGAUAGUGARAUCUCACAAUUGUCUUCAAGUUUCUCAAGUCAGUCAUCACCAGUUGGCUCUCUUGGAAAAAGUCCAUCAAAUCGUAGACUGUAGACUGUAGAUACAUUGUACAUGUAAGUGCUUAUCAUGCUUGCUUUAACAAAAAAUCUAUGAGUCACUCAUUAAGGGAAAAUGAGUGCUUUGGAUUUUGUUUUCUGCAAGUUGUCUUGCAUUAAAUUGCAAAUCAAAUACUUGUAAACAGGCAGAAAUAUAGGAGCUUAGAAGUUAGUAUUGUUACAAAUAUAUGUACGAAAUCCUAGAGUGCUCGCACUUAAACUAUGCAACUGUACAAAGUCUAAGUAGUACUAUUUUGUACUAAAAGUGGACCUGAAGCAAGACGGUAUUGAAUGCUUUAUUAAUUUGUGUACCGCAUACACAAUUUACUAAAUACAACUAAAUAGCGCUAUUUAGUUUGUACAGUUGCACGGUUUAAGUGCAAUCACUCUACUUAGUGGUUUAUUCAUACAGUAUUUACAUUUAUAAAAGACAGCACUGUGCUGUGAGUGUCAUAAGCUUAAACAACUGUAUUUCUCACUGCAUGUUAAAAAGAAGUUGUAAAUAUGAAAUCUUUUCUGAUUUGAAGCUAAGCCUGUAUUCCCACAAGACCUAGAGUUUGAGCCUCCUGUGAAUACAGUCUUAACCUCAAAUCGGAGAAAAUGCAAAUUUGUACUAGGGCUAUUGUGCUUUGUUUUGUUUUUGGUUAAGUCUCUGCGCAUGAGAGACGGUUGGCAAUUAAAACAGCAGUCACUCGCUUUGAAUGGGAAAGAGGGUUUUGGGUCACUUUAUCCGUAAAGGACACCAACCUUUUGUACAACUGUACCCUGAUGUUUAUUAUAAUAUUUCUAUUCAUUAUAUUCAAAGUUCUUAGAACUUUUAAGUUACAAUUUUUUAAAAUAAUCUCAUAAUCUCCAAUGCAGGUGACAAAGUUACCAUUACAAUAUUACUAAAUCUAUAAUAUUUUAUAUAAUCGAUGUACAGCUAAAAUGCUAUUCCAGUUAAGGUUAUGGUCAACCAGCAUUCAAURCYGUUGGGUUUAGAUUUUUCAUUAUGGUUAAUAUCCAUUCACAAUCCAUACAGCAGUGUUGAGAUUAAAUCGUACAAUAUUUCCAUUCAUAGAGUGCAAAUGGAUAAUAAAGAGUACAGUACUUGGUUGCU